AUGUGGAUUAAACGAAUAGACAAACGCCUCGUACUCUCUAGACUCAGUCACAGACGAGUGAGAUCGUAUCAUGACGAUGCUACCUUUGGUUAUAGGGUACCUGCAAAGUAUCAACUGCCAGAUUAUACCCAAGAAGAGCUGGAUAACAGAAACGCGAAUGCGCCUUUGUUGCGAUACGUUGAAUCUGUUCGUCGACAUGGACAUCGUGCAGCACAGAUUGAUCCUCUGGAUCUGAUGGACAGAGAUCCGGUCGGAGCAUUGGACGCCUCUCGAUACGGUCUUCAGAGGACUCAAUCAUAUCCUUUACAAGGUAUUCUGCAUACACCACCUUCACUCAGACCUACUACUCCUCCUUCCACAGCUGCGCCGGAACGAACCGAGACAGGAGAAGGAUCGAACGUGUCCAAAUCUCUUGAAGAGAUCGAGAAGCAUCUCAUGGAAGUCUACGUUGACAAGAUCGGAUUUGAGUAUAUGCAUUGUCCUGAGAAGAAUGAAAGAUUGUGGUUCUCUCACCAUGUCGAGACUGAAGCUUCGUCCUUUCCCGAACCAUUUGAGGAGGAACGUAAGAAACAGAUCUGGAAGCUGUUGAUGAGGAGUGAAGAGCUGGAUAGAUUCUUGGGUAAAAAGUUCCCCAAUUUGAAGAGAUAUGGAUGCGAAGGUGCCGAAAGCAUGCUACCAGCCUUAUCGACCUUGUUCGAGGUAUCGGCCAAAUCCGGCAUAUCCUCGAUUGUCCUCUCUCUUCCGCACAGAGGUAGAUUAUCUUUAUUAUGUGAUCCGGAUCUAUUGGACUUCUCACCCACGGCUUUGUUCGCCAAAAUUAGAGGCAAAGCGGAGUUCGACCCUUCCACUGCUCCAGGUGCCACAGGCGACGUGAUCAGUCAUCUCUCGGCUACCCGUGAUAUUCCUUUCGGCAGUGACGAUAAAGUAAAUGUCAAUGUCAAGAUGUUACAGAACCCCAGUCAUCUCGAGGCUGUUAAUCCUGUUGCACUCGGCGUGACGAGAUCGAAACAGAUGGAAUUGCUUAAAAGCUCUCCUAAAGAAUGUCAAUUAGGAGACAAAGCUAUGUGCGUUCAACUACAUGGUGAUGCUGCUUUUGCUGGCCAGGGGGUAGUGAGUGAAUCGCUGGGUCUAAGUGGGUUACCUCACUUUGGCAGUGGAGGAACAGUACACAUCAUUGUCAAUAUCGGUUACACCACCCCCGCUUCACUGGCCCGAUCGUCCGUCUACUCCUCUGAUGUGGCAAAGAUGAUUGGAUGCCCCAUACUUCACGUCAAUGGUGAUGACCCCGAAGCUGUCGCACGAGCCGUAGAUAUAGCAUUUAGAUAUAGACAGAUGUUCAGAAAAGAUGUGGUCAUUGAUUUGAUCUGUUAUAGAAGAUGGGGACAUAAUGAGCUGGAUGAACCUGGUUAUACCCAGCCCAAGAUGUACGAAAAGAUUCGUGGGAGGAAGAGUGUUCCCGAGAUCUAUGAGGCUCGUCUCAAAGAACAAGGUGUAUUAACCCAAGAAAGCGCCUCUCAAGCUCGAAUAACCUACAACGAACAUCUAGAAGCUCAGUCCAGUCAGAUGGAGAAGUAUAAGCCUAAAUCCGAUAUGUUGGAAGGCAAAUGGAAGAAUUACGUCUGGCCCGCUGGAUCUGAGGCAGAUCAUCAUCCUGAUACUGGUGUGAAUAAGGGUGAAUUGACGAAUAUUGCGAAAGCAAGUGUCACUCUGCCUGAGAACUUUAACAUACAUUCAAGAUUGAAACGACAUAUCUCAUCCAGAUUGAAGUCGCUGGAAAAGAAAGUGGACUUUGCCACUGCCGAAGCUAUGGCUUUUGGAUCUCUCCUGAAAGAAGGGUAUGAUGUUAGGAUAUCAGGUCAGGACGUGGGGCGAGGUACCUUCUCUCAAAGACACGCGAUGUUCGUUGAUCAGAAAACGGAGUCCUGCAUUAUCCCUCUUAACGAAGAGCUGGGUGAAAGUGCUGGAAAGCUUGAACUUGCCAAUAGCUCUCUGAGCGAGAUGGCUGUUCUCGGUUUCGAAGUUGGGUUAUCUUGGUCGAGUCCUAAGCUGUUACCCAUUUGGGAAGCUCAAUUUGGUGAUUUCAUGAAUGGUGCUCAGAGUAUGAUCGAUACCUUCAUCGUGGGAGCACAAGCUAAAUGGCUCAAGCAAAGUGGUCUCGUCAUGAUGCUACCUCACGGUUACGACGGUGCAGGACCUGAACAUUCUUCUUGUAAAAUCGAGAGGUUCUUGCAGCUCUCAAAUGACUCGCAGACCUCCAAUACUCAUGGAGACAUCAACCUCACUUUCGUUAAUCCCUCCACUCCUGCUCAAUUAUUCCAUUUACUCAGAAGGCAGAUGAAGAGGAACUACAGAAGACCUUUGAUUAUUGCUUCUCCCAAGGGUCUUUUGAGAUCUCCGCUUGCAGCUUCUGCCUUGGAAGACAUGACACCCGGAACGACCUUCCAACCGAUUCUCGAAGGUCCUACUGACCCCUCGGCGAAGAGAGUCAUCCUAUGUUCUGGCAAACACUAUUACACCCUUCUCGAGGCAUUAACCAGAUCCGACAAACUAUCUUCGGUAAACAUGGUCCGUGUAGAAGAACUAUCGCCUUUCCCAUAUAAAGAACUUGAGAAUGUUCUCUCGAAAGAUGAGAACAAGGACAAAGAGAUUGUUUGGGCUCAAGAAGAACCUUCCAAUCAAGGUGCAUGGUCUUACGUCAAACCUCGCUUGGAAGCUGUUCUUGAGAAUGUAGGAUACAAAGGUAAAGUAAGGUAUGCCGGUAGAUCCAGUGGAGCGACUACGGCUGUAGCUGUUGGGGAAAGGCAUAAGACGGAAGUUGAGCAGAUGAUCAACGAUGCUCUGGAGUAA